AUGCUUCGACCCUGUACGACCGUUGCUAUCAAAAGCAUCACCAAAAAGAACUUGGGGAAGUCUCAGAGUCUCCUGAGCAAGGAAAUAAAGAUUCUUAAGGAAUUAUCAGGAUUACAUCAUGAAAAUGUUGUGGCAUUGUUGGAUUGUAAGUCAUUAGAAUCUGGUGCAAUGAAAGCCCUGAAUGGCAAAGGAAUUGUACACAGAGACUUGAAGCCCCAAAACAUUCUAUUGUGCCAGGGGUCAAAACCAAAUCCACAACCUUCGGAGAUGAAAUUAAAAAUUGCUGAUUUUGGCUUUGCUAGAUUUCUUCAAGAUGGCGUUAUGGCUGCAACACUGUGUGGUUCACCAAUGUACAUGGCCCCUGAAGUCAUCAUGUCCCUACAAUAUGAUGCUAAAGCCGACUUAUGGAGUAUUGGUACUAUUGUGUUUCAAUGUUUAACUGGCAAGGCUCCGUUCCAGGCACAGACCCCUCAACAACUGAAACAGUUCUAUGAGAAACACAGCGAAUUGAAACCCUCGGUUAAGACAGCGGGUGUUUCUAAAGCAAUCCCUCUCCGUUACACACACACAUACACACCUGACACAUAUACCUCACCUGUUCAUGUUUUCUCCGUUACCUUUUCAGCGUCUCCCAUCGACAUGGCUUACGAAGCAGAACCAGACAGCCCAGAACCACCCCCCAUUCCACCACACCCUACUGUUACAUGUUUAUCUUCUAGUCCUCAACACCCACAAACUCUGACUUUACCCCUAACCGCCACCCCCCCAGUUGCUUCACCAGAAGAAGUCAAUGUUUCUAAAGGAAGUCGAGGAGACCAGGUAGUGGAAUCUGUUUCCAGGAGCACCAGUCCUGUGGAGGGUUUUGUGAUCGUCGAUGGUUACCAAGAUGACCAAUAUGAUAAAAACGAAACUGGUGAUAAUGGAUCUGACAGUGACGAUGAGGUUUGUGUGAGGAACGUCAAUAUGAGUCCUACGUCCGGUACCGUGGCAUUUAAGAAAGACUGCCAGACGAGUCCAACGAGACCAACAUCUUUACAAGUUCAGUCGCCCAACAUCACCCCGCCUUCGCAACCGAUCCCAGUCCCAACACAAACUGAAGCUUACCAAAUUAUGUCAAACUCCCCCACCACGCCCUCCCUCAGUCACAGUAAAGAAUCGGCCUCGGAGAAAGAGGAAGGCAACAGCCAUAUGUUGAAACGCAACAGUUCAGAAUCUCGUCUCAGUAGUGGACCAGACAUAGGGUCGUUAUCUCCACCAACAGUUACUUUCACCAUUGGGAGUCCACACAGUUCCCCCUGGAGGAGGGGCAGCACCAGCAACACCCCACCACCUCAUCCACCAGCAGCACACCGGACCCACUCCGGCACCCCGCCCAACAUGGUGGCUGUUAUAAAAUUACAUUUUGAUGUCAUGGGUUCAAUUCCAGGUCACAGCCCAGCAUCUGUUUCUCCUCAACAAGCCAUCACAGGCCCCUCAUCCAUGCCGUUAUUCUUCGGCUCCCAUGAUCGACGAGAAGGUUUCCACCACGUCGGCAGCCUUCCCUACAACCUGUAUCGGCCCAGGACAGUGCCGGACAAUAUGGCUACCUAUACUUAUAACGCCUCCCCUCCAAACAGUUGUCCCGAGUGUGGCCAUGGUCCAACCGAUAUCCCACAGCGUCAUGGCAACCAGGCCACCGGUCGCGACAGUAUAAUGACCACCCAGUUGAGGAGUCCGUAUGGAUCGCCCCGGCAAUAUUUUGCCUAUCCCUCAGGUAUGAUAGCCUGGCCCACCAAAGACAGGUACAUCCACACUAACGAAGACCAUUACUAUCGGCACCCUGCUUACCUGGUCUACCCUGAGGCCUCACCCCCAACCUCACUGAUGUAUGCCCCAUCACCACCUAGUAUCGAUACGGCAAUGCCUUUCGUGGCCCCAGAACUGGCUGAGGAUACACUAAUGGAUGAACACUACAAGGAGGUGCUGGGAAAACUGAGUUUUGUCAAUGACUUGGUGGAGUGCAUUAUGCAGAUCGCACAUGCACAUGGAACUCCAUUUAGCAUCGUCUCACCUAAUAUACUGACCUCUCUAUUUUACAGGCGUUUAAACCAACUCUUACUCUACGUACGCUGUCUACAGUUGCUGACGUCAGCACUACAACUUGCUAAAGAAGAAAUCAAACACUCACGUCUUCAUCCUCUCACAUCGCUGAAGAAGAUUGUCCAGAAGAUGAACGUCCGUUACCAUAAAUGUCUCGACCUCUGCAAGAAGAUCCAGCGUUAUGGUCCACUGCAGUACACCAACGCCCACAUUGCACAGAUGCUCGUUGCACCGGUUGACAAGAUUAUCUACCUUCAUGCCCUCGAUUUGUUCCGAACUGGUUUAUUGGACGAGAUUUUAAUGAAGAUGAACGAGUGUUACUAUCACUACAGCACCGCCCAUAUCCUGCUACAUAGUCUGGCCAACCAAGCUAAAGACACGGCAGACAAGUCAGUACUCAAUAACUGUAAGUAUAGUAUAUAUAUGUAUAUAUAUAUAUAUAUAAUUAUGUGUAUUUCUUCUAUCUUAAUGAAUAAAAAUUCUUCGGAUAGAAUAAAUAGGUUAAUAGAAACCAAUGUAGCAAAGAACACAAAAUAACUGUGGUUUAGUUCC